AUGGGUUUACCGAAGUUCUCUCUCAGCCAGGCAAAAGCCUCCGUUUCCCAUGCUUUUUCAAGCUGGGAGAACUUUAAGCAGGCUAUGCAAGUGCGGGAUACGCUAGACGCGGAUCAGUAUUACUAUGUAAAUGCCGACCCGGCGUGGAUGAAUGAGGCAUGGGGAUUCAAGACGUACUGCAUGUUUUUCUUCGGCCUAUCUUUCGGAAAUUGGCCUUUAGGUGCUGUGAAAGUAUCUGGCGGGAUGGGCUGGUUCAUCAUGCAUGCCAUCAACAGCGGCAUGGGCAAUAGCGCAACUCUGAUCACAAAUCAGCCGGAUAUCGCACGUUGGAGUUCAAACCGAAACGCGGCUCUUUUGGCGGCAGUGUUGGUGAAGCCAGUCUCUGUUACUCUUGCUGCAAGUCUUGGAAUUCUUGGCACUGCGGCCAUCAAUGGUAAAUGGGGGCUGACGCUUUGGAACCCUUGGGAUCUAUUGGAUGCCAUUCAAGAUCAUCACAACGGCUCUGGAGCCCGCUUUGCGAUUUUCCUCGCCGCCUUACUCUGGACUAUAGGGUUUCUGGGAACGAAUAUCGCUGCCAACAUGAUUCCGUUUGGCUCCGAUGUAGCCAUGUUAUGGCCCCGUUAUAUCGACAUGAAGCGUGGCUUCUUUAUUGUGGCAUUUCUGAGUUAUGGAAUUGUGCCAUGGAAAAUCUUGUCUUCUGCAGCUGUUUUCACAACUUUCUUAUCCGGCUAUGGAUUGUUCAUGGCCAGUGUUGUCGGUAUUAUGCUUGCUGAAUAUUAUUGGAUGAGCAGAGGCAAUGUCUUCCCAAGCCAUCUAUUCGACCCACGGAAAACGAAUAUCCAUUAUCGCUAUCACAAGGGAUGGAAUCUACAGGCUUUGAUUGCGUAUAUUGUGGGUAUCGCCUUGCCGUUCCCUGGAUUCGUAGCUUCACUUGGUGCCAAGGGUGUCAGCAGUGCAGGCCAGCGUCUCUUCUAUCUUGGCUGGCUGCUCUCAUUCACAGUGUCGCUUGUGCUGUAUCCCUUGAUAUGCAAGUUCUGGCCCACACAAAAUCAAAAGAUCAUUCGCGAACGGGGCUUGACUUGGGAGGAAAAUGCCAAGGCGCCUUUAACUGGACAGGACACAGUUACGGUAGAAGAGGUUGACCCGACCAUGGAAGACAUUAAAGCCUUGGAAGAUAGCAAGGAAGCUAUGGUCUAG